ACGUGCUUACAACUGUACAUUAACUUUUUCGGCUUAUUGUUAAAAAUUAAUUAUUUAAAUAAAUAAUUAAUUAUCUUCAAAAAAUAAAUAACAACUCGUUAUUUAUUUUUCCCCCCCAAAAGUUAGUACGACCCCUGAUUAAAAAUAUUAAGUGCAGUGUAAAAAAUAAAUAUUGUUUGUCAACACUGUGAGGUUAUGUUGUCAAAUAAAAUCAUAUAUUUAUUUAUAAAAUAAAAUAAAUUAUAAAUAAUGGCAAGACGAAAAAGUCUUAAUCGUCGACGUUCACGAAGAUCAUUAAAUGUCUCUGGUAUUCUUAAUGAUGAUACUAAUGCUUAUGAGGAAGAUAAUGAUCUCUGGUUUGAUAAUCUUCCAAAUGAAUCAAAUAUAUCAAAAUACAGGGCCUCUGAUUCUCGGUCAAGAUAUUCAAAGUCUAUUUUAAAUUCCGACUCGCAAGUUGUCGACAGUAUUGGUAAUGAUGAUAAAUUUUGGGAAAAUUUGAAUAAGACGAGCCAAGAUCUUUUUGCUCGUGAAAAUUCAGCUCCAGUACCAGGACAUAGUAAAUCAGCGAGAAAAUCCAAUACAUUGAAUGAAACCUUGACAUCAGAGGCAUCUACGACACAUGCAAUAAAAAAAAGAAAAUUAUUAGUCCCGAAAAAUCGUAAGAGUACUGGAGAUGUUUUUUCCCAAGCACUGGAUGAUUCGGAGCCCGCAGUUGAAUCCGAGCCUGUGCGUUCUUCUGCGCGAAUGAUUGAUCGGCGGUCAUCACACUCGCAGAGCGAUAUAUUAGACCGGAAUCGUUCCCGUCGUUCUGGAUUCCAAUCUGCAGAGAGUGCCAGCGAUAACGACAGACCUGCGAAACGGGCAGUAUUCAAAAAACCUUCACAGAAAAAUGUAUCGCGCACUUCGGUUUUUGAUGAAGUUCUCAAUGAUCCCGAGGAGUCAGUAGUCGGCCCGUCGCAGGAACCUACGAAUAGAAAAACUUUUGUGAAGCCGCGCACUACUUUUUUUAAUUCGCCUCGUGGAUCUGCUUCUCAGAGUAGAAAGAGCGGGAGUCAGCAGCUGGGUUCAAAUGAAGACAAAGAUAAAGAUGUCGAUACUGAUGAUGAUGACACUGAUGAUAAUUUAGCAUCACAACAGCGCCCAUUCUUCAGGCAACACAAUAGAAAUUCGAGUAAUCCUUUCGCUAGUAUCAUCAGUGAAAGUGAAUCAGAAAAAGACACCGCCAGUCAGCCGCAUUCUAAGAGUCUAGAUCAGUCAAAAAGAACAGGAGAGCAGUCGGUUGAACCAGAGGUCCCGGAACCAGAAGAGAUUCCAGAGGAACCAGGAGAUGAAGAAGGUUUGAAUGAGUAUGAAAAAUCGUUGGCUUCAGUAGAAAAUAAAACUUUAGUAUCCAAAGAGAGUGAGAAUAAUUUCACUCUACGUGAUUCCGCUGGCAGUGGACACUCUGAUUCUCGGCAGAGUAAAAAUAAAGAUUUGAUGCGGAAGACUUUACGGAGAAGCAGUCGCGUAUUGUCAGGACAAUCGGGUACUUCUAAUAAAUCAUCGACAUCUAGUCUAAGUGAAGUUUAUAAAACUCCAGAUAUCAAUCAAACUGAUUAUCAAAGUUAUCGUACUCAGUACUAUGAACCUAUUGAAGAUGAUGAUGCUGGGACAUUUGAAGCCGACAGUGAAAGACAAAAUGCUGGUGAACACGAUUUGAGACUGAGUCAAGAAAUAGAGAAAAGGGAAAGAGUAAAUAAAAAUAUCGAAAAAGAUUUUGAUUCAAAUUCACCGGAGGUUAAUGAAAAUAAUUUUGAUGAUGAGGAUGAGGAUAAUAUAGUUGAUAAGGAAAACCGCGAGAGUCUUAAUAAUUUAGAGGAUGAUGUCAAUUUUUCUCAAAUGAGAAAGCGUUCAGGGUCGGGAAAAAGUGGAUCACCAACAAAAGCUGGUGAUAAAAAAGCUCGAGUUAGUGCUGAUGACAUUAUUACUGGUCAGCAGGCCAAGGAAAUUACAAAUGCUGACUCCAGUGGGAGACGGAUGACUAGACAAAGUGAAGGAGAUAAGUCGACUAGAAAUAAAUCACACGUUUCUCAGGUUGAUGAGUCGGUGAAGAGUAAGAAGAGUGUAUCAGUAAGAAUGCGGUCCCAGAGCAUUUCUGAGGCUGCUUCGUUGAUAGAACAGUUAGGUGUUGAGGCUGGGAAAGAUGUAAGUCCGAGUAAAUCUGUCAGGAAGACACGAUCUGGGAAAAUUCUUGAAGAGUUAGAGACUGAUAUUCCUGAGGAUGCGGUUCUAGAGUCUGCUAAAGACAACAGACAAUCCAAGUCUUUGAAAAUUGUAGAAAUUUCGAAACAUUCAACGCGUGUUACUAUACGUGAGGAAGUAGGUGAUGAAGACAGGGAAGAAGAUGAGGUAGAAGCUGGAGUUGAAGAUGGGGAAGAACAAGGUUUGGGUAAUUCUACCAGGAAGACUAGGUCUAGAAGAGUUAUCGAAGAUUCAGGGGAUAGUAGUUCUGAUACCAGCUCCGUCAGAAAGAAGAGAAAGGAAGUGUCUGAGAAACGCCAAAGUAUUUUGAAAAGUAUUGUCGGCUCUGAUAGUUCAGAUGAACAGUCAGAGUCUCCUGGUAAAGCUUCUGGUAAGCAGCCCAAGUCCUUGAUAGUGGAACCUCCUAAAUAUUCUUCGACGCGUAUUAAUGAUAUUAAUAAGAGUUCGAGUAGAAAAGAUCAAGAUGAUGAAGAUGAAGAAGAGGAGAGUCAGGAUGUAACCGAGAGUCAAGAUGAUGAGGCUCAAGAAGAAGAAGAAGAGACUCAAGAAGAAGAGGAAAAUCAAAAUGCAACAAAGAGUCAAGAAGAUGAAGAAAAUCAGAAUGCAGUAGAAAGUCAAGAUACAGAAGAAAAUGAGGCUGAAUUAAUUUCCUCGCGUAAACCAUCUAAAAGUUUGGGCUCACCAAAAUAUUCAUCAACUCGUUAUUUAAAUAAAACAGGUGUAAGUUUCAAUGAAGCUGACAGUGAUGAUGAUAUUGAUGAAGAAUUAAAUGAAUAUAUUAAAAAUACAAGUAAAAUGUGUAGUUCACAAAAUAAAAGUAAAAAAUCCAUUAAAAUAAAUCCAACACCUAGUCAAUUACCAUUUCGUGAAAGUGAUUCUGAAGAGUCUGAAGAUGACAAUAAUUUGGAUGGCAGUAAAAUUGGAAAAACUCGCAGUCAAAUUUCGCAGACUUCAACUGGAAAGACAUCCAAGGUACCGGAAGCUGUGGCCAGUACUCCGGGUACUGCAAGAGUAAAUAACAGAGUGUCGACAAAGUCUCGUCUAUCCCAACCUCUAGGUAAUCAGAGGUCUAUUUUGAGUUACUUCGAUAAUCUCAACUCACGACCGUCAUUGCAUAUAAGCACCAAGCCACUAGAGUCUUCGGAUUUUCUGAAAGAAGCGUCCGCCAGGAUGAAAGAAAUAAAAAAGCAACAAGACGAGUUAUUUGCUAAGCAGUUGGAAAAGAAUGCCAGCGUGGCGAAGCCAGUGACCUCAGUGCCUGUAAAAAAGAAGAUUGGGGCAGGUGUUGGCUUGAAGAAGAAAAAUUCAGCGAAUGUUAAAGUGGUCGAUAAAGCGUACAUUGUCAAUGGUCAGGUUUACAAGAGACCCAGACUACCGCGACCCAAGCACUGGGCCACAGAUCGGCUUUACAAAUUUUUGUGGAAGAAAAUGGAGCCUAAGUAUCAGCUGCAGACACGGGUUCGCUCGGAAAAAUUUGUUAAGGACCUUGCGGUUGCUGUGGAAACGAUCAAGAAGAAGAAAAAGUAUGAGAAUUACAAAUUUUUGCUGGAUGAUUUGCUAAAAAAAAUGGCGCGCCUGGGGAUCAUUGAAACCAGAAGAGAUUUUUAUCAUUUUUGCUACGAUUUCUUGCCCUAUGAGUUCAGAGAAAAGGUCACGCCUAUUUUACAUCCUAAUGCCGUUCAUUUGGUUCCAUUUGAGCCCGAUAAAGUUGAUGUGCCCAUACUAAGUUGAAAUGCAUUAAAAAAAUAAACAAAUAAAUGUAUAUAAAAAUUAUUUUGUUCAAGAGUGCGCGUAAUAUUUAAAAAUUUAUAUCGCAAAUAACAACGAUAGUUUGAAGCUUUUUGAUAAAAAAUAUUAUUUUUGUUGUUAAUAUAUUUAAUUCUACUCCACUGUUACCAGGACUUGGUUAUAAGAAAUUGUAAUAAUUACUAGGAGUCGUUAAUGUAAUUAUUCU